CAGCUUUGUUAAUAACACACCAGGCAGCAGUAAAGGUACAGUGUAAAUGCUGUGGGCCACAUGAACUUGUGUUUAGAAAGUGUCCAAAGACACCCGACCAGUGCGCUAUAUCACCCUUUUUCUUGGCAACAAUCGUCAUGUUCGGCACACUGUAUUUCAACCAUGGCAUUUUUAUCCAAGCAAGCGAGAUAAGUUAAGCACAUUGAUAUUACCGGUGCAAUCGUAUUUUUUAUUUGUUAUUGUAUAAUGCUUUUAUAAUUUUUUCUUUCUUUGUGUGUGUGUGUGUGUGUGAGCAUGUGCUCUUUUCUUCAUAUGUGCGCACGAUAUGGUUAUGUGGGUUUCAAGGAAAGAACGGUAAUCUGCUGAAUUUCUGAAAUGUUGAAAUGUGUGUGUGUGUGUGUAUAGUUAAUAUAGCUCGAUGGCCUGGGGGGAGACACUGCUAUCACACACUACCGGUACAGUAGCGCCUACAGCGUGGCAGUUUUAUCGUUCUAAAGAGUCGGGUGCCGCUCUCAAUUUUUUACCUUUCUCUCUCACAUAUGGCGGUGAAAUUACUGUGGCUGUGAAGGGAGUUCUUGGAAUUUGAUGCAGCCAGUGUGCGGGAUGUUUAUCUGGGUUCUUAUUUCUUGUAUAGCAACUGUAUUGGCCUCGGAUCCACAAGUAUGUCUGGAGAGGCGCAAUUAUGCAAAACAAGAGGGCGGGGUCCCAGUGAUCGGUACCCACGGAUCUUUGGAAGAAUGCCAAGACUUCUGUCUCAGAGACGUCAACUGUGCAGCAGUGAGCUAUCACAGGGUAACUCAAACAUGUGAAAAGUACAACGCGCUUAGAAACGCAGAGGAUGUGAAGAAUGACACGUGUUGUUAUCACUUCCGGAAAGUCCCCUGUCUGUCUCAACAGGAAGGAAGUGAUAGUAAAGUGACUUCCGGGGUAAACAAUAGCGGAGAUGUUACCGAAAUGCGGAAUGCUCCAAACGGAACAGCCUUUACGAAAAAUCCCGACAGGUCUAGAUCAGAUGAAUAUGAAAAAAUGUUCGGACAAAAUGAAACAUCGGUCACAGAAAUCCCUUUUACAUCUCCUACAACUUUUUAUUUGAACACAAUUAAACCCACCACGGAUGUUUCAGUCGCUAAAAUGACAACGACAGAAGAAACGGACGACAUCGACAGAAUGGAAACUGCUUCAAAUGAGAUAUCAAAACAGACGACACCUGCCACCCGUACUCCUCUGCAUAGUGAGAGAGGCAAGAGCAAACCAAAGGACGCUGAUGUAUUUACUACGACAAAAGUAGUCCCAACUGAUACCACAGAAGAUAGCGAACAAAUUGACUGCCUACAGCAGUACUAUGACGCCAAACAAAAUGGCGGCUACCAGGUGAAAAGUCUGUCCAAGAUGGAGUGUCAGGCCGUGUGCCUGCUGCAGGCCGACUGUAAGGCGAUGGAUUUUAACAGGGUAACCAAAGAGUGCACGCUCCACCUCUGGUCGUCUGAAACUAGUCACACGAGGGACAAGUGCUGUCAGCAUUUCAAGAAGACGAAGUGCAAACUGGAACUGCCAGAAGAUAUUCGUGAAAGAUUUAAGAGCGAAAAGGGAGUAUCAACGACACAGUUACCUAAAACAUGUACAAGACGGGUACAAGCCAUGCGAACUUACUUCGGCAGCUCCCAGUUAAACGGACUCAAGCAGAUUGGAACGUUCACGGCUGCGCAAUGCAAGGCGGAAUGUAUGAGAAAGAGCGCUUGCGCGGCAAGUGACUUUGACUCUUUUCAAAAUGUGUGCUUUCUUCACAGUAGAACGGACCCAUACAUGCACACGACCAACCCAUGCUGCACUCACUAUAAGAAGGUUGAAGAAUGCGAAUCCGCCUGUUUCCAGACCCAUCUAGACAUAACCCACCCGGGCGGCGAUCUCGUGGCCAAUCAGACGGAGUUCAGCUGCAGGGAAGAGUGCAUUAAGAUUGGCGAAUGUGCUGCCUUCACCUACAACUACACAGACUCGACAUGCAGGAUCCACAAAGAACUGGACUACAAUCGCACCGCCCGCACCGUGGACUCGUGUUGCAGCCAUGCCAAGAAAGGCAUCUGUUUAGACAAAGAUCCAGACCUUGCCGUCACGACGACCACCACCACCACAACUGUACCCGGAAUGACCACAACAACAAUCGAAAAUCUGUGGGACAUUUUUAAUAUAGACGGCGAUACCAACGAGAAAGGUGAAACGGCCAAUGAACCCAAGAAGGCAGGUUCACUAGAAAUGACGGAGACCACCAUCAUUAUUUUGCUGGGCUGUCUUGCCGUGUUUCUGAUCGCCAUUGGCGUCGUUGUGGUCUUUUUCUGCCAUCGCCGCCGCCAGCAAAAAAAGAAAAAGAAAAGCAAGUCCUCGGUGACCAAUCCAACCGAUCCGUCGACGUGGAUGAAAGAUUACACCCUUCAGACCGCCAAAACCGACGCCUUUUGGAAGGCGAUUUCACCGCCAGGCUCCGUGACAAAGCGAAGCGACGAGGGCGGCGUUCGUAGAAUCGAGCGCCAUAAGUCUGACAUCACGCAGAGGUCGGACUACGGACUGGUUCAACAAAACCCUUACUACGGUACGACAAGAAGCGUCCCCGGACGGCGAGCUAGCGAAAACCCUUACGCAAACUACACAGGGGAACGAAUGCGUUACGCCGCGGGCCACAUGCGUUCGAGCCACUACGCCGAAACAUCUCUUUACGAUGGCCACCCCCAUUCCCCGCCCUCUGUGGACUAUCCCGUCUCCGAGCCGUUCGACCCCAGCGAACACCGCUACGUUGGACGCCAUGACUUCAUGGGACGGCCCCUGAGCCUGAGCGUCGAUGAACUUCACGUCCAACAACACCCUUCAGAGCGAUCACGGAGCUUGAAGAUCCCGCGGCCUCAUGUCAAUGGCGACCAUCCUUCCGUGCACCAGAACGAGGCCAGGCCCUUUGAUGGACCUGAGGAGAAAAAACUUGGUGGUGCUUUGGCUUAUGCCAAUGACUUCGCGGACUCUGAAAGGUACACGCGUAGAGUAUCUCCGAUGUAGUGAAAUCGUCAUGGCUUUUGAUCGGUGAUGUACCUGGCUGGACUUUGAGGUGAAGCUGAAACGCGUGGGUUGUUCAGAAUCAUUUAUUAAAAGACCUGGGACUUAUACAGGCUGCUUAGCACCCCUUGUUAGAGUGACCCUUACUAAUAACGUUUGUUCAAUUAUACCAAAAGAAAGUACAAGAAUAAACAUGGGACAUUAUGUAUCUAAAGUAGUUACAAUAUAUCGAUUAUUUAAUUAUUUGUUGGAGCGAGAUCAUUGAAAGUGAGACCACGUAGAUUGUAACAAAAAGCGAUUCUAUUUUGCCCACCAUGAAAGGCCUUUACAUAUAUUUCAGUAUAAUUUAAAUUGAAAAUUGAAACAAGUAUUCGUAGUCAAAACCCAAUUAAAUCAACUAAAACUUUUACUCUAUAUAUGUUCACAAAAAAGGGUAGUUAAGUGCCACAAUUUGAGAUACCAGUUAU